UAUAACAUGACAGCCAAACCCGAUUUGUUCACUUGUGAUUUAAUUAAUAUUUCUUUAAUUUUGUUUUUACUGAGAGGCCUUUUUUUUCUAUUUUAGCACACUAUUUGAACUUACAGUGGAAAGAAGUGAGACGAACAGUGACACAAGGUCUCUUCAUGUACGCUCGGUAGUGAAGAUUUUUGAUCUAGGUGAAAAGUCUUUGCAGGCCACUGAGAAUGUUACAUGGCCACUGCUGCAUGUGUUAGAAAAACCUGAUCUGGAUAAAAAAGAGAGGCUUCUUCCACUUCUAUUAAAAGAGGCCUUAGAGGGGAAUACUUACACUGUUCUGCUUGCCUGCAUGAAUACUGAAGAACUGUCUGGAAAGGAGAUUGUGUCUGCUCUUUCAGUUGCUGAUCGGGUUAGAGGACUAUCAAAAAAGGUUUCUGCAAAUAUCUGGGAUCCAGAAGAAGCCGCUCACAAGCUGAGAGGACAAAUUAAGAACCAGAGAUCCAAACUAAUGGCAGAUAGCACACUGGAAGAGAGUGCAGUGAGACAGCUAGCAGAAACUGUAAAAGAAUUGCAGAUGGUGAAAAAACUAAGUUGGAAAGAAAAAAAAGAGUUAUCAAAAAAGCUUGGAGACAAGAAAAGAUGCCACCACGAGGAAUGUCAGCACUGUGUGUGCAGUAAGUUAUCAGAAGACAUGAGAGAAUCCAAACUGGAUCCGUCUCCUCGCCAACGGAUUGUUCAGCUUAUCAAUCACACUAGAAAACAACAAGUUAAUGAAGACAGUGAAUUGGAUGGAACAGACAAGGAUUCAGGUGAGAAAAAUUCAACCAAGAACAGUGAAGACGACACAGAAAACUCCAGACAUUACUACAGUCAACAGACGGCCACUGACAAGAAACCAUUGUCAGAAUGUUUGGGCAUAGAGCUAGAGUUCUCCAUGGCACGGGCAAGGAGGGAGUGGCUGAAAAAACAGCACAGAGCUUUGAUCCAUAAAGAAAUGACAGUUCUGGAGCAAGAUGGGUACACACAAGAGAACUGGACACCUGAGCUGGAAUUGCAGCAACUGAAAAGUGAGAAGACGGUGUUGGUUUUACAGAUGGAGGCUCUAAGGAGAGAAAGAAAUGAAGCUGAAAAAGAUCUGGAAUUACUCUGUCAGUUUUAUAAGGAUGAAGCACACGCUCAAAAGCAGCAUAUCUUGGAGAUAUUUCAUGCUUAUCGGGGAAUGUUAGAAGAACAGAUGGAUACGCAGGAACACCGCUAUCGAAAACUUCUAGAGGAAACAAUUCAGGAUGCAAUUCAGCUCUCAGCCCGCAACCAGGAGUUGGAAGAAGAGAUCAAGCAGCUACAGAAUGCCAUCACAGAGAUUAGAGGAAAAGACCCAAAGAAAUCAUAGAAGAAGACGAGAAUCUAAAACUCCAAGCGCUUCAGGUGUAUAAAUUCAAUAUAUUAAAGUAAAUCUAUUUAAAUAAUAA